AUGGCCAAGGGCAGCAUUGGAAUUUCUAAAAUCAUCCUGCUACCGCUCCUUCUUCUUGUUCUCGAAACGACGGCGUUCAGCGAGAACCACCAGCUGAAGCAGCAGCAGCGGCGGCCGCGGCAGUACUACAGAAAUGCGUACGCGACGAUGAUGUACAUGGGGACGCCCAGGGACUACGAGUUCUACGUUGCGACACGUGUCAUGAUCAGAUCGCUCUCCAGGCUCCACGUUGCCGCCGAUCUCGUUGUCAUUGCCUCCCCGGACGUCCCCCUCCGUUGGGUUCAGACUCUAGAACAGGAAGAUGGGGCCAAGGUGGUGAGAGUGGAAAAUUUGAAUAAUCCAUAUAGUAACCAGAACAAUUUUGACAAAAGAUUCAAGUUAACACUCAACAAACUCUAUGCGUGGAGCCUAGUGGACUAUGACAGGGUUGUCAUGCUUGAUGCUGACAACCUCUUCCUCCGAAAUGCUGAUGAACUAUUCCAAUGUGGACAAUUCUGUGCAGCUUUCAUCAACCCUUGCAUCUUCCAUACUGGCCUCUUUGUGUUGCAGCCAUCAAUGGAAGUAUUCAAGGACAUGCUUCAUGAGUUGAAAAUUGGAAGAGAUAAUCCAGAUGGUGCAGACCAGGGUUUUAUAGGCGGUUACUUCCCGGACUUGCUUGAUCAGCCCUUGUUCCGUGCACCUCCUAAUGGCUCCAAACUUAAUGGAACCUACAGACUACCUUUGGGCUAUCAAAUGGAUGCUUCUUAUUAUUAUCUCAGAUUGCAUUGGAGUGUACCCUGUGGACCCAACAGCGUGAUCACCUUCCCCGGUGCACCAUGGUUGAAGCCAUGGUAUUGGUGGUCAUGGCCUGUUCUGCCGUUGGGCAUUUCGUGGCAUGCGCAACGCCAACAAACUCUUGGAUAUGGUGCAGAGAUGCCAGUGGUGCUAAUCCAGUCGCUAAUUUAUCUGGGAAUAAUAGCAAUGACACGUAUGGCACGACCAAAUAUAUCCAAGUUGUGCUACAGGCGCUCAGACAAGAGCAUUACCUUAAUACACACCGUCCUCAAGAUGAUAGCAGCGUGGUCGAUUGUAGCUGCGUACGUUGUGCCUUUCGUGCUCAUUCCUCACACGAUUCAUCCGCUGCUAGGCUGGGGUUUGUACUUUCUUGGCACUUUUGCACUUUGCUUCAUAGCAAUCAAUGCUCUGUUGCUGCCAAUGCUGCCAGUUCUAUCUCUGUGGCUUGGAUUUCUCGGCGUCCUCUUUGUCAUGGCAUUUCCUUGGUAUCCAGAUGGUGUUAUAAGAGCUCUCUCUGUAUUUGCCUACGCAUUUUGUGCUGCACCAUUCGCAUGGCUGUCAGUGGUUAAGGUCAUGUCAUCUAUUCAAGCCGCAGUUGAAAGGGAAGCUUAUUUUCCGAAAAUUGGGUAA